UUUAAUCCUCUGUGUUCGCCGAAUGGGCUGGCUCUAAGGUUCGUCGCCGUAUUCCCCUCUCCCUCUCAAUCUGUGCAACUCUUCCUCGGCGCGUCUUCCCAUUAACAGCACCCACUGCAAACCGAUUGAUGAAUAAUUAACAUUCGUACUACUAUGAAGGUCGUUGUUUCUGGAUGUCCAAGAAGCUUUUCAGGUUUGGUUAAUCAUCCUAAACAACCUUUUGGGUUUCGAAGAUGCAAUGGAAUCAAAUUUAAUGAUGACAAUGUCAUUAAGCUAUCUCAAAGGAUUUCUGGAGGAAGCACUCAAUAUUUCCCUGCAAAGCCUUCUAGCAACAAGUAUGUUUUGUCUGCAGGAAGGAAUCAGUAUCAAUGGAGCUAUCAAGAUGACAUGCCUCCAGAACCUUUUGUUCUGACUCUUGUUAAGGAAGUUGUCUGGGGUGUGAAAUGGCUAUUCUCUUUUCUGAUUGAGCAGCCUAGUCAGCUAAAGUACUUAGAAUGGCCAAGCUUCCAAAGCACGCUGAAGACAGCAACUCUUACCCUGGUUAUUGUGGCACUGCUCAUUGUUGUGCUUUCAUCGGUAGACUCUGUCCUAUGCUAUCUGUUGGCUUUGCUUCUUAGGAGGACAGCUUGAUAGAAGAACAGCCACUUCUUUUUCAUAUAUGUUCUUGCCUUCACUUGCCUGCUUACAAAGCCUAUUCCCCUCUUAGCAUUGCUAGCCCAAAAAAAUGUUAUCCAGGGAACAAAAUUCCAACCGAGUUUUGGGGUGGAGGGGGUGGGGGUUGGGGAGUGGGACAAGAAAUUUUACGUACAACAGUUGUAUUAUUGUCACUGAUUAUGAUGGUUCUCAUGCUAGUCUCAUAAUAAUCAAUGUUCAAUAUUUAGCUGUUGCACAUGUAAUGAUUGUAUUAAAUAAUUUUUUGAGAAAAACACCCUGCAUUUGUAUUGAUUUCAUACUU